AUGGCUUUUUUCGAAUGUGACAUUGCGGAAUUAUAUGGAACACAACUCUCCAUGUGUCUUAUUUUGUUCCUGGCAUUGUCGGCCUUUUGUAUAUUGGUCACGGUGAUCCGGAGAAUAUAUUUCCAUCCCUUGUCACAUCACCCCGGACCUUGGCUUGCUGCUGCUACUCAUUGGUAUCCAGCGUUCUAUGCAUGGAGGGGAACUCUACACACACAUAACAGACAUUGUCACGAUCGAUAUGGGCCUGUCUUUCGCUCUGGACCGAAUGAAUUAUCGUUUGAUAGUUCCAGGAGCUUGCGUGACAUCUACGCAGCAAGCCAAGAGGUUAUAGGCAAGCCUGAUAUCUGGCAAUGCUUCAGUGUCGAUCCCUCUGAGCCCACUAUCUUGAGUACAGUUGAUAACGAGGAGCACAAAUUCAAACACCGGACAAUAUCCGAGAUGUUCUCUUUGCGGAGGGCAGCUGGCAACGAGGAGCGGAUGAGGCCUCAUAUUGACCAUUUCAUCGACCUUCUUGGGGCAGGCGAACAUGAUUUGCAGGACCUCUGUAACUGGCUUUCGUUGGAUAUCAUCAGUGACCUCCUCUAUGGCGAUUCUCUCAGCUUGUUGCGUUCUGCGGAAUUCCGGUGGGUGGUAUCUGCCUACAGGAACAUGUCCCGGUGGGUAAUGACUUGCAUGGUACAGCCCCGCUUCCGGUACCUCAUAUUUCUCUAUAGGAUCGUUCCCAGCUUCGGCUCAAUCAUCAAACUGGGUCGGUGGACGCGGUCAAAGUCUCGCACACGCCUUACAGCAGGCGUCGAGCAAGACGACCUUUUCGCGCUGUUCCGCGGGGCCAAAGACAAGAAAACUGACCGCACAUACACGGAAGAUAGGAUCUGGACUGAAAGCGUUCUGCUGCUAGCGGCAGGCUCUGACACAACGUCCACGACGAUGGGUGCUGUCUUCUUUUAUCUUAUCCACCAUCCAAAAAUCCUUCAUCAAGCGACCAUGGGUGUACGGAAGAUAUUCAAUGACGAAAAAGAGAUCACUUCAGGGCCUAGACUAGCAAGCUGCAUCUAUCUCCGAGCCUGUAUUCGAGAGGUCAUGCGUCUGGUCCCAGCAGUCCCCAACUUAUCCCCUCGCGUUGUGCGGGCUAAAAUGGCUGAGAUCGAUGGUUGCAUUGUGCACAAAAACACCAAUGUGGGCGUAUCUCUCAGCUCGUACAACCGAAACCAGGCGAUAUUCGAGAAAGAGAACGAGUUUCAACCAGAACGGUGGUUGUCAUUAGAUGGAAAACAAUUGAGCUUGGAAUUCUUCAGGUCAUUUGGAGAAGGCCCGCGACGCUGCGUCGGCAUGAAUCUCGCGUUGCUAGAGCUGGAACUGGUCAUCGCUCGAGCUUUGUUCAGAUACGAUCUUUCAUCGCCCCCAAGAGGUCGUUCCAGUGAAUCACUCCGAACGGCUGACCAGGGUAAGCAUGAAUUUGCAUUUGACGCUUUGGCAGUAGCUAGCGGUAGAGCUGGCCAAGUUAGCCCCGGCUCUUUUAUGGAAAAAAAGCCCAACUUCCCAUGA